UGUACUACAGGAUGACAACUGACUGUGUUUAGUCACCAAGGACAGAAUGAAUAGGAUUGAAGCAAGCAGAAAAUAUACUUCAGAUUUCCAAAAGGAGUCUACUUGUUCGUCUAAACUUGCAGCCAAUUUAUGAAUUGAUUCCAAUUUGAGCACCACACAAUGAGCACUGUUCAUCUUUGGGGUGUUAACUGCUUCUUCUUUGGAUUUAUGCAAGAAAACGUCGUUAAAUAAGUGAGGCAAAAAAUGGAUGGGAAGACAGAAAUUGCGGAGACAACCAUCUCAGUUUGUCAAGACACUGACUUGAAAGAGCAAGUCUUGGUGAGUAAUGCCACCAAACUAUCAUCCGAGAUGGGAGAGGAUGUGAAAGGAGAGGCCAAGGAAGCCUUGAGGAACUUGGAGCAGCUCCACGAGGAGAUAGGGAGACGGGAGCGUCAGCUGGAGAGCAACGUGGAGGCGACUCGGCAGGAGGUGAUGGCCUGCUUCCAACGCUGCCAGAGGAAGCUCAAGGAACGAGAGGAGGUUCUGCUCUCCAAGUUGCAUCAGGAGCAUCGGAGGCUGAAACGCUCACUUCUGGCUCCAAAACGGAUGGCCCUGAACAUGAACCAUGCCAGUCUAAACGGUGGCAUGAGGACGAUCUCCGAGGGCGAGCAUGGUGAUGAGGGUAAUGCAAAGAUUGGAGAGAAUGGGGUUGACGCGGUCGCCCAGGCAACCUCACAAAGCAACCAGAACAACAACGGCGCAACAGACCUUGACAAAAUGCUCCCAGCUUUACACAAAGCUCUUGAGCUGGCCAACACUCCGUUCCACCUUUCACGUUUUGAUGAACGUGUUCUGCAGCAAUUUGAUGAUUUUGUCGAUCACCUUGGAACGGUGUAUCUUGGAGAUGCAGACCCAUCUCGGACCAUCAUCAAUGCGCAUCCAGCCCUGGUCCUAGCAGAGAGCACUGCUAAAGUCAAAGGCUUGAACCAGAAGGGAGAAGAAUGUACGGGCGGCGGGGCUGACAUCUGCGCUUCGCUGGAGGACCCAGAGGGGGCUGUAACACCCUGCAGAGUAGAAGACUGCAUGAACGGCAUUUACAAAAUCAUCUACACUCCGCAGAAGGUUGGCCUUCAUUUCCUGAGAGUCACAAUAAGUGGGGAUCCAAUCAGCAAUAGUCCACUAGAGGUGGAGGUGAAACCAAUUCGCCUUCUCCCCAACAAGGCCUUCAUUGGUGGAAACUGCACUGUUGCAGUGGAAAUGCCACGUGAGUACAACCUCCCCUGCGUGGGGAAAGAUGGCAAGGACCUCGGGAAGACACAGAAGCUCUCCCUUCAGAAUCUCAAGAUUGCCAUUCUGGAUCCUGAAGGGGAGGACGUGGAAGGAUCCGUCGUGGGAUCCAUGAAGCGGCGCGGCGUCAUCUGCACCUACACCCUGAAGUACAAACCGAAACAGCCUGGGUUCUACGAGAUCAAAGUCAACCGGCUCGGUCAGGACAAUGUCCUGUUGGCUCAUGUCGUGAUGCCAGUCAGUGAGAAAGAGCAAAUCGGCCGGAGGGGCCACGGGAAGGGCCAAUUCGACAACCCAACAGAUGUCCUCAUGACUUGUGAGGGGGACCUGAUCAUUGCAGACACGGUCGAAAAUGAGCGUGUGCAGUGCCUCAAUUCCGAAGGCCAGUACAAGUACGAUUUCCCCUUCCCUGGGCAAGAGCCUGUACUCCUUGCAGCCAGCACCACCUGCCUAGUUGCUCUCUUACUCAACGCAAAGCGGGUCCAAAUCCUUACCCUCAAAGGAGAACAAGUCCUGGAGUUCGGCCAUGACGAGUUCAAGCAGCCGUAUGGCAUUGCCAUCAACUCAGACAACAAAGUCUACGUCAGUGAUCGCGGGGCACAUUGCAUCUUUGUCUUCACCCCGGAGGGCAAAUUCUGGAGGCAGAUCGGGAAGCACGGAUCAGGUCCCGGCGAGUUUGACUUCCCGAACUACAUCUUCAUCGAUCCCAGCGACAAUGUCUUUGUGACCGAGGCCAAGAACUGUCGCGUCCAGAUGUUCAAGGGGACGGGGGAGUACACAAAGGAGAUACGAUCCCCGGACAAGCUGCCUCAGCCUGGUGCCAUGGUGGCCACAGCUAGUGGCUAUCUCCUAGUACACAACGAGUCCGAUAACCGGGUCCAAAUGUUGAAUCUUGACACCGGGCGGUUCGUGGGGAGCAUCCUGGUGGAUCUCAUCGCGCCGUAUACCCGACGGAUUGCCGUGACGAAGACUGGAUUUCUGGUGGCUCUGGAUAUGAGCAGCCACUGCUUAUGGAGAUAUCCCAUCCCAUUUGAAUGAGCAAGACCUGGCUUACAUUGUGUUUAGUUGAUUUGGAUCCUAAAGUUUGACAGCUGGUCAGGUGGACAGUUGCAGCUUGACCAUUUCAGACAUCAGUGAUAUAACCCACUGACUUUUUGGGCAGAAGGUGUCAACAAUGGAACAUCAUAAUAGUAAUUUACAUUUACAUAGUGUUACAUACUUUGCUGUGAAAUAGGGCUGUCCAUUUCCAAAUAAUUUAGUAUUUGAUACCCGAAAUUGCCUUUGACCAAAUAUUCGCAUAUUCGAAACUGCUAGCUGCAUCUACGUGCUGCGCUGGUAAAAAGUACACGAAGAGCGCACCAGUAAAAAUUGGCGAGCGGCAAACGAUAUUGGGCGCUGGAGUGUGUCACAGCAUCUACAAAGGGCUUUGACCUUCUUAAAGGAUGUGAAAGAUGAACCGCCGUCGGCCAAAAAAAAGGUUACCGUUGAUAAACAAGUUGACCAAAAAAAAGGUUACCGUUGAUAAACAAGUUGACCAAAAAAGGUUACCGUUGAUAAACACGUUGACCAAAAAAAGGCUACCGUUGAUAAACAAGUUGACCAAAAAAGGUUACCGUUGACAAAAAGUAGCACCUGACAAUAAAGUGCCGAUAAAAGAUAUUCGAAUAUUCCGUUGAUGAUAGAAUAUUCGAGUAUUCGGUAUCUUCAGGGCAGCCCUACUACGGAAAAUCCAAACUGUACAUUUGAGGCAUUUGUGUGCACAAACAUAUAUAGUUGAAUGAUUUAGGCCUACUUUUAGUGCUGUCUUGUAUUCCAUUGGUUUUACACUCUAACACAAUUUAAAAAGCUCAGGAAAAAAUAUGAAAAAAAAAUGUAUAUACUGCAAAUUCACCAGCAGGGAUAUUAUAUACUGCAGAAACCAUAUUGUACCAUAGAAGUCCACCCUGUAUAGCAGCUGAUGUUUUGAAACAUAAUGUAUACCACAAAAUUUUACAACUGCUUCUGGCAUUCAGUUUGACUUUUGACUAGAAACUAUUAUUUUAUUUCAUUCAGUUUUCUUUUUUUGUUUGGAAUUCGCCCAAGAAGCAAACCACAAUUGUUUUCCGUGAAAAUUUUAUGUGCUAUGAAGUUAUCCCUCAGCACCAAUGUUUUUCGGAGUUAAAUUUCAACAUGUUUCGAGGAGUGUGUCCUCCCCCACCCUAUCCCAACAAAAGUAUUCAAUUUAUACCCUGCGCUUUAUACAGGAAAAUUAACUUUUAUUCCCUUGGAUCCAAAAACCUUGAAACAAACAUGCAAACAUAUACUAGACCGGCCCAAAAUUUUAACAAGGCACCGUUCUCUAGCCAUAGUAAGCAAUAAUGGCACACCUUGCAAAUAAUUUCCCUAUAAUCUGCUUUGGUAUCUAAGCAAUUCUCAAUAACCCCAGCCAUCUGUACUUAUGAGCGUGCUUCUCAUUAUAAUCUCGUAUCACGCAAGAGCUCUGCCAAGCACUCCCAUUGCAGGGCUACUGAUAUUUGCUUAUCAUUUUAUGAGGCUUUGCCUAACAUCAAUAUCCAGAAAGGAUUGAUUGGAUUUUAAAGGGGACAACUAAAACCCUUUUGUUUUUUUAAAUUUUUUUUUUUUUUUUUUACAAUAUCCACUGUAUCACUUUUGGACGAUUCUUUAAAAUUUGAACCUAAAUAAAAAUAUUUUGGCAAAAAAGUGUUUUA